AUGAAUGUAAUCAAGAAGAAUACCGAGAAUUAUGAAAUAAAAAAGGAAGUGAAUCAAGACUGCGCACGGCGUCUAUUUAUAUAUCGACUGAGAAAUGGCAUGCGGCAGGUAUCAUCUCACAGAAUCGCAGUUGAUACCUUGGUUUAUGUUCGAAAAAUCAUAGGUUUUGGAAAGUACAACAGUGCUCAAGAACUCAUUGAGUUGCUGGAAACUGAAAGAAAGCAUUUGUUGGAGGCAUUGCCUUAUCAGUUUGUUGUUUCAAAUAUUAUAUUAUGUGUUAUCAAAAUUAUCUGUGAAGAAAACGGUGAAACUACCGCUGCAUUUGGAGAUCUAGUACCGCAUGAUUCCUUAGAUGAGCUCUGGAAAACUCCAGACAGUAGAAAAGUUAUGGAUCCACGGAAAUUUCGAAAAUUAGCUCUUGUUGCUAUUAAUGAAUUUGCAGCUGAAAUCGAUACUUGUGUUGAUGAUAUAUGUGCCCAGGCAAGUGAUUACAUCUGUACAUCUGAUGUUAUCAUAACACACUCACUGUCAUUGUCAUCUACACUGAGAGCAUUUUUCAAGUCAGCUCGUAAAAGUCAGAAAAAUUUUCGAUUACUGGUGGUAGAUGAAGAAAUUGAUUAUGGUGAUUGUUUGUCGUCAGUGGAUGUUCUAACUGCUAUGCAGCGCGCUACCCGAGUCUUUAUCUCUGCUGUCGCUGUAUUUCCGGAUGGAUCUUGCUUGGCACCGGCAGGCACUGUUUCAUUUUUUUUUUCGGAUACUAUAAAAUUUUAUUAG